ACGAGGAAGUGGCCGCGGCGGCGCGCGGGGCGCAGAGCCGGCUCGGCGCGUCGACUGCCCAGAGUCCGCGGCCGCGGCGCCCCGAGGGCCAGGAGCUGAGCUGCCAUGGCCUACCACAGCUUCCUGGUGGAGCCCAUCAGCUGCCAUGCCUGGAACAAGGACCGCACCCAGAUCGCCAUCUGCCCUAACAACCAUGAGGUGCACAUCUACGAGAAGAGCGGAGCCAAGUGGAACAAGGUGCACGAGCUCAAGGAGCACAACGGGCAGGUGACAGGCAUCGACUGGGCCCCAGAGAGUAACCGCAUCGUGACCUGCGGCACAGACCGCAACGCCUAUGUGUGGACGCUGAAGGGGCGUACGUGGAAGCCCACGCUAGUGAUCCUGCGUAUCAACCGGGCUGCCCGCUGCGUGCGCUGGGCCCCCAACGAGAACAAGUUUGCCGUGGGCAGCGGGUCCCGGGUCAUCUCCAUCUGCUACUUCGAGCAGGAGAAUGACUGGUGGGUGUGCAAACACAUCAAGAAGCCCAUCCGCUCCACCGUCCUCAGCCUGGACUGGCACCCCAACAACGUGCUUCUGGCUGCCGGCUCCUGCGACUUCAAGUGCCGGAUCUUCUCAGCCUACAUCAAGGAGGUGGAAGAGCGACCUGCGCCCACCCCGUGGGGCUCCAAGAUGCCCUUUGGGGAGCUGAUGUUUGAGUCCAGCAGUAGCUGUGGCUGGGUGCAUGGUGUCUGCUUCUCAGCCAGCGGCAGCCGUGUGGCAUGGGUCAGCCACGACAGCACAGUGUGCCUGGCUGAUGCUGACAAGAAGAUGGCCGUGGCCACACUGGCCUCCGAGACACUGCCGCUGCUGGCUGUCACCUUCAUCACAGACAACAGUCUGGUGGCUGCGGGCCAUGACUGCUUCCCGGUGCUGUUCACCUAUGACGGGGCUGCAGGGACACUGAGCUUUGGCGGGCGGCUAGAUGUGCCCAAGCAGAGUUCACAGCGUGGCCUCACAGCCCGUGAGCGCUUCCAGAACCUUGACAAGAAGGCGAGUUCGGAGGGCACUGCCACUGCAGGUGCCGGCAUCGACUCCCUGCACAAGAACAGCGUCAGCCAGAUCUCAGUGCUCAGCGGAGGCAAGGCCAAGUGUUCCCAGUUCUGCACUACAGGCAUGGAUGGUGGCAUGAGCAUCUGGGAUGUCAAGAGCCUCGAGUCAGCCUUGAAGGACCUGAAGAUCAAGUGACCUACAAGGCAUGCUGCCCGCGUCCCUCUGCUGGGAACGGGGAUAGUGAGCAUGUUAGCAGGCUAGGGGUCGCUUUACUGGGUAUUGCUACGGUCCCUGCGUGGGCACCUGUAGGCUGUUCCCUCAGAAGGGGGGGUUAGGGUGGGAUGCCUUUGUUGCCUACUCAAGUGUGUGCCUUGUCAAAGAUGCUUUUGUUUAUUGUCAAGCAAUGCCCCCAAAGCACUAUGCUGGUCAUGAACUGCUUUAAGACAUGGAGGUAGUAAAAUAAAAUAAUUAAAGUAUAA